AUGUCCUCUUAUACUAUACCGAAGAGCUUUAACGCCAAUAGUUUAAAACUUACACCAGAGAAAUUAGCUGAGUGGAGUAAAAGAAGUACAUCAAACGCGUUACCGUUUUCCCGUGCUAUUCGUCAGAAGCCUUUAGAACCGUCAAACCAUUUCUCAUUUGCUUCAAAAAAAUACGUUAACGACUCAGGUGAAAAGGGCGAUGAUGCUAAAACUAACGCGGAAAGUUCUGGUAUAACAAAAAAAGUACAGCAGAUUCAUUCAAAUUUAUGUGACGACGAUAACGACGAUAAGGAUUAUAGAAAACUAGAGAAUUCUAAAAAGAAUGUGAAAUUUGUUGAUAUUGAACAUUCAUCUUUUGAAUCUCAAAGUUUUGAAAAUAUAGAUGUGAUGGACGUGGAUAUCGUUGAUCUUACAACUUGCAUUGACCCUCAAGAUCAAACGGUUGCCGAUGAGAAUGCGUCGAAUGAUAACAGGACCAAAUUAUUUGUUGGCACUUAUGCCGAUAAUCAAAUUGAUAACAACUCUGAAUCUUCAAGUAAACAUGAUUGUGAUUCGGAAAAGAAUGCAAUUAUCAUUGAGCCACUACAAUCAUAUAGUCAAGAGAUCUCACGACAUAGUUCAUCAGAAGAGGAUGUCGCGUUUACUUGGACAUUACAGGAAGAUCACCCUCAUUCUCGCCUCAUAAAUAAAUCAUCAAUGAAAGAAAACACAAAACUUCUCCUGGAAUUAGAUCGCAUACUAGGAGAACUAGAGCUGUCCAUGAAAUCUGUACAAGAAUUGCAACUUAGUACAGACAAAGAACUUGAUUCUAUAGAAAGGUCAUUAGAACCUUUCGAAGAUGAAUUGAGGAAAAUGCAAGGAGAAAUGUGCGAUCUAAAAAAUAAUAUUGCUAGGCAAAUUUCAAUUGGUGCUAUUGAGCAAAUCCAGGAGUGUAUACACGUGUUCGAAAAGGUAAAGACUAAAGAACGCGAUCCAGAAGCCGAGAACAACAAAGGUUAA